AAAAUCUUGUCAAAUCCGUCGCGAUCGCACAUCCUACCCUAGUCCAUACCACCUGACAACACAAGAUGGCAGAGGAUUAUCUUAUGGGUAACGGUGCUUAUGGUGACCACAUUGAUGGGGCCAACGGAAGGGACAUGCAAAAGUACGACGGGGAUGCAGCAAAAGACCCUAACGCGGAUGAGGUUCCACAGCAAUCGGACUGGGAGCGGCUGUGGGACGCAGUCAGCAAGAAUCCUGAUGAUUUUGAAUCUUGGGAAUACCUGAUUGCAGCUGCAGAGGGUGCCAACGGUGACGUUACGAAGAACUCAUCUGCAGAAGACCAGCAAAAUCUUCGGACAGUGUAUGAUCAUUUCCUGCUGAAAUUUCCUCUAUGCUUUGGGUAUUGGAAAAAGUACGCGGAUCGGGAGAAUGCGCUGGAGGGACCUGAGAAGGCACAGGAGAUCUUUGAACGUGGGGUUGUGUCCAUUCAUAAUAGUGUCGACUUGUGGACUCAAUAUUGCACUUUCAAAAUUGAAAACUUUGCUAUUGACGAAACUGGCAUUAGAAGUCUGUUCGAAAGAGGAGCUGACGCGGUCGGUUAUGACUUCAUGAGUCACGUUUUCUGGGACAAAUACAUCGCAUAUGAGGAAUCAAAGGGGAACUCGGCCGGGAUUAUGGCGAUCUUGGAGCGCAUUAUCCACAUACCACUGCACCAGUAUGCACGUUAUUUCGAAAGUUAUUCGACGUUGUCCAUUACGCGACCCGUCCGAGAACUCGUGUCUGCCGAGGAAUACGCGAACCUAGAAGAUGAGAUCCGUAAUCCUCCGAAGCAAGAGGAUGAUGACAGAGCCCCACCUGAACACAAGACCGACGACCAGGUUCAAGCAGAAAUGCGACAACGUAUCCAUGCCAUCAAAUCUGAAUUAUACAUGAAAACACAAGAUGCUGUGCAUAAGCGAUGGAUCUAUGAGUCCGAAAUCAAACGCCCAUAUUUUCAUGUCAAGCCGCUCGAUGAAGCGCAGCUGGCUAACUGGCGCCGAUACCUGGAGUUCGAAGAAUCAGAGGGAGAUCAGAUGCGAAUCUAUGUGCUCUAUGAGAGAUGUCUGGUAGCAUGUGCUCUGUAUGAAGAGUUCUGGAAACGGUAUAUCCAAUUUCUCCUUGCAAGAGAAGACUUUGAAGGAGCGCGAAAUGUCUAUAUCAGGGCUACCAACAUUUUCAUACCUUCAAGCCGACCUUCUGUACGCCUAUCGUACGCCGCCUUUGAAGAAGAGCGGGGGCGUAUUGAGGAAGCACGACAGAUUUACACGCAAGUGCUGACACAGCUCCCAGGGCAUUUGGAAACCCUCACAAAGUUUGCGCACUUUGAACGUCGUCAGGGCAGUCAAGAGAAGGCGAUAGAGGUUUUGGACAAUGGAAUCCAGUCCGCAAGGGACACAAAGUCAAAAGGUUUCUUGGAGGCAAAGAAGUUGAAGUGCAAGUACAAUGCGGACGGCGACAUAGAAGCGGCACGAGCAGCCUAUCAAGACGCAACACAAAAGUACUCAGAUAGCAGAUUCCUAUGGCUUAGUUACCUGCUUCUCGAGGUAGCUCAACCAGGACCAAAGGCGCUGAACCUCGUAGCACAAAUAUGGGAGGGGGUAAAAGCCUCCUCCUUACCUGCUGAAGACAAGCGGGACCUUGGUCUGCGGUAUCUCGACUUCCUCUUGGAAAGAAGUACAGAUAUAGCGCUCAUAAACAAGGUUGAGCUGACUGUGCACAGGGACUAUGCUUCGCAUGGCGAAACGUCGAGAAAGCGGGGCUUUGAAGACGACUCUGAGUAUCGACCAAUCAAGCAAGCGCGAGCCAGUGUCGAUGUGAGUGGGGUCGCGCCUGUUGAUGUUGGUACUCCAACAACGCCAUAUUACGCUCCUCAGGCGCAAGCUGCCUACAAUCCUUACGCGGCAUAUGGUGCACAACAGGGAUACGCUGGGGGCUACUAUGGUGCAGCUCCCGCAGCUGGUGCUCCACAGCAAGGUUGGGAUUACUCACAACAACCCGCUGCUGCUUACUAGAUUGGAUGGCUUGCUACCGAUAGCAGUAAAUGCUUGGAUUUGGCUGGGUUUGCUUUUGUGUCUUUUGUAUAGUUCUUAUUAUUGUACGUAUGGUUGCAAUCGAUACGCUGCUUACGAAUAACAGAGUAACAAUGUGGAUUUUUUGUAAACA